UUGUUUAUUACUUGUUAACUGUCCAUGUGGAUACUGCGCUCGCGCACUGGAUAAGAGACGUUGGACGAUCACGCAACGUGAAAUAAAUCGUCAGUUGUCUUAUGUAGCGCCAUAAAGUGAGACGUGUUAUCUACGGAUAGAUAAAAAUAUUAAGUUUUAAUAAAAAUGGGAUUGCUUAACAUAGAGGAUGAAACCGGUGAUGUUUGUAGUGAGUUAAUAUUUUACGUCAACGGGAAAAAGGUGGUAGAACCGAAACCUGAUCCAGAAUGGACGCUCCUCUGGUACCUCCGGAAGAAACUGCGACUGACGGGCACCAAGUUAGGAUGUGCCGAAGGAGGUUGCGGUGCCUGUACCGUCAUGGUUUCCAAAUACAAUCGCUCAGAGAAGAAAGUUGUUCAUCUCGCAGUAAAUGCAUGUCUGGCUCCAGUGUGCGCUAUGCACGGUCUUGCCGUCACUACAGUUGAAGGCAUUGGAUCAACUAAAACCAGAUUACAUCCAGUUCAAGAACGUAUAGCUAAGGCUCACGGCUCGCAGUGCGGGUUCUGCACGCCAGGAAUCGUCAUGUCUAUGUACACGUUGCUCAGAACCAACAGUAAAAUAACAUACAAUGACAUGGAAGUUGCCUUUCAAGGAAAUCUGUGUAGAUGUACGGGCUACAGAGCCAUCAUAGAAGGCUACAAGACAUUCAUUGAAGAUUGGGAGACAAAUCGUGUUGCUAACAUGACAGUUAAUGGCGAAAAAGCGAAACAAACCAAUGGUACCUGUGCCAUGGGAAAAGACUGUUGCAAAAACAAGACUGAUAAAGAAGAUACAAGUGAAACAGAACAUAUUUUUGAUAGGUCAUCGUUUCUACCUUACGAUAGUACCCAGGAACCAAUAUUUCCACCUGAACUGAAGUUAUCGUCUGUAUACGAUGAUCAAUACUUAAUAUAUCGAGGUGAAAAGGUCACAUGGUACAGACCAAAGGAUUUAAGUACUAUUGUUAAUUUAAAAAAUAAACACCCCGAUGCCAAAAUAGUUGUAGGUAAUACUGAAGUCGGUGUCGAAGUUAAGUUUAGACAUGUAGUUUACCCUACCAUUAUAAUGCCAAACUCUGUACCAGAAUUGACCACUAUCACUGAAAAUGAACACGGAUUAACAAUAGGUGCCGCUGUUACUCUCAUGGAGAUAGAAAAUACCUUAAGACAGUACAUAACCAAUUUGCCUCAGUACAAGACACGCUCGUUUGUAACCAUGGUGGAGAUGCUCAACUGGUUUGCAGGAAAACAAAUAAGGAAUGUGGCGGCUAUAGGUGGAAAUAUCAUGACGGGUAGUCCUAUAUCGGACUUAAAUCCAAUUUUGAUGGCCUUGAAAGUGAAACUCGACCUUAUAAGUGAAGAUGGAGGACAUCGCUCUGUUUUAAUGGAUGAAACAUUCUUCACUGGGUACAGGAGGAAUGUAGUGAAACCAAACGAAAUUUUGCUAUCGAUAGAGGUUCCGUAUACUAACAAAUAUCAGUAUGUUAAAGCAUACAAACAAGCAAAAAGAAGAGAAGACGAUAUUUCCAUUGUUACUGCUGCUAUCAACGUCGAGUUUGAACAUAACACUAAUGUUAUAAAGUACAUUAAUCUUGCUUUUGGUGGUAUGGCCCCUGUAACAAAAUUAGCAACCAAAACAUGCGAAUCAUUAAGAGGUGAGAAAUGGGAUGAAAAUGUGUUAGAGAAAACGUUUUCGCUAUUGAUAGAGGAGCUGCCUCUGAGUCCUUCCGCUCCAGGUGGAAACAUACAGUUUCGUCGGACUUUGACAAUGAGUUUGUUCCUAAAAGCGUACCUGGCUAUUGCUCAACAAAUGACAAAAGAUUAUAUUCAUGAGGAUCUUAUUCUACCAUACCAUAGCAGCGGUGCAGAACAAUUCCACGGCGGUAUGCCAAAAAGUGCACAAUAUUUCGAUUUAGUUGGAUCUGAACAAGUUAAAAGCGACGCUGUUGGUAGGCCAAUUACGCAUGUAUCAGCAUUCAAGCAAACAACAGGUGAAGCAAUUUAUUGUGACGAUAUGCCAACUGCCGAAGGCGAACUUUACUUGGCAUUUGUUCUCAGUACACGAGCACAUGCUAAAGUAUUGUCAGUUGAUGCCACAAAAGCAUUGCAAAUGCCAGGUGUUGUUGCUUUCUUUUCUGCUAAAGAUUUAACUUCUGAGCAAAAUGCUAUUGGACCUAUUUUCCACGAUGAAGAGUUAUUCAUUACUGAGAAAGUCACAAGUCAGGGACAGACUAUUGGUGUUAUAGUAGCAGAAGACCAAGCAAGAGCCCAAGAAGCCGCCAGAAAGGUGGAAAUAAAGUACGAAGAUAUACAGCCUAUUAUAGUUACAAUGGAAGACGCAAUUAAGCACAAUUCAUUUUACCCACAAUAUCCUAAAACCAUAAAAAGGGGAGAUGUAGAAAGUGCCUUUAACGAUAAAAAUAAUAUUAUUAUUGAAGGAGAAUGUCGCAUGGGUGGGCAAGAACAUUUUUACCUAGAAACCCAUGCCGCAUUUGCCAUCCCAAAGAAAGAGGAUGAUGAGUUGGAAAUAUUCUGUUCGAGUCAACAUCCCUCAGAAAUAGCGAAAUUAGUUAGUCAUGUACUGCACGUUCCCAUGAACCGGAUCGUUGCUAGAGUAAAACGUAUGGGAGGUGGAUUUGGAGGAAAGGAAUCUCGUGGCAUGCUAGUGGCUUUACCUGUAGCAUUCGCUGCUCACAAACUUCAAAGGCCAGUUCGUUGCAUGCUCGACCGAGACGAAGACAUGUUGAUAAGCGGUACGAGACAUCCGUUCAUGGUAAAAUAUAAGGUUGCUGUUACUUCAGAAGGAAAGAUAAUGGGAGCUAGAGUAAUUAUUUAUAACAAUGGAGGAUACUCUUUAGAUCUGUCAGGCCCUGUAGUAGAAAGAGCUAUGUUCCACUAUGAAAAUGCUUAUUAUGUGCCAAAUGCUGAAGUAUCGGGCAUUGUUUGUAAGACCAAUUUACCAUCAAAUACAGCGUUCCGUGGUUUUGGUGGACCUCAGGGAAUGUUUGGAGCUGAGAGCAUUAUCGAAGACAUAGCAUUUAAAGUAGGAAAGAGUUUCGAUGAGAUCCGUCGAAUCAACUUGUACGCCGAGAACUCGAUAACUCAUUACGGACAGGUUUUGGAAAAUUGCACGCUACAGAGAUGUUGGGACGAGUGCGCACAAAAAAGUAAUCUUGCGGAACGAAGAUUGGCCAUCGAAAAGUUCAACAAAGAGCACAGAUGGAGGAAACGUGGAAUUUCAAUGAUCCCUACUAAGUUUGGAAUCGCUUUUACAGAAAAGUUGCUUAACCAAGCUGGUGCUUUAGUACUGAUAUAUGUCGAUGGAUCAGUUCUUGUAUCACACGGUGGAACUGAAAUGGGACAAGGACUACAUACGAAAAUGAUUCAAGUUGCUUCCCGUGCUCUUGGAGUAGAUGUGUCCAAAAUUCACAUAAGUGAAACUUCUACUGACAAAGUACCCAACACUUCAGCUACUGCAGCUAGUGCUGGAUCAGAUCUAAACGGAAUGGCUGUGCUUCAAGCAUGCGAGACCCUGUCGAAACGACUGCAACCAUUCAAAGAAAAGAACCCCAAUGGAAAGUGGGAAGAUUGGGUCCUGUCCGCUUGGAUUGAUAGAGUUAGUUUAUCCGCAACGGGUUUUUAUGCAACCCCUGGAAUUGGAUAUAAUUUCGAUGAAAAUACAGGAACUCCUUUCAACUACUUUACAUUUGGGGCGGCAUGCACUGAAGUCGAGAUCGAUUGCCUAAGUGGUGAUCAUCUAGUAGUGAGAAGUGACAUUGUGAUGGAUUUGGGAGAAAGUUUGAACCCAGCUAUAGAUAUUGGUCAAAUCGAAGGUGGAUUCAUGCAGGGGUACGGUUUAUUCACGAUUGAGGAGCUUAUUUACUCGCCAACUGGGGCGUUACUCUCAAAAGGUCCUGGUGCUUACAAAAUUCCUGGUUUUGGUGACAUUCCUCAAGAAUUUAAUGUAUCAUUGCUCAAAGGAGCCCCUAACCCAAGAGCUGUAUAUUCGUCAAAGGCUGUUGGUGAACCACCUCUGUUCCUAGCUUCGUCCGCAUUCUUCGCUAUAAAAGAAGCAAUCCGUGCGGCGCGGGCUGAAACGGGAGCUUCUCAGGAGUUCCGGUUGGAUGCACCUGCAACGUCCGCAAGAAUUCGUAUGGCUUGCGAGGACCACAUUACUAAAAAGCUGGAUGAACCAGAGCCAGGCAGCUUCGUACCUUGGAAUGUUGUACCUUAGGAGUACCAAAAGUAGUUCUACAUUCUACGUUGUAAAUAACUUGUUUGCUGUGCAAUACCUCAUUGAAUACCUACAUAUAUUACCAUAGAAUUUUCAUAUUAAUACAAAAAAUAUUUUUUAACUAAAAGAUUUUUACGUUCGUGUAACAAUAAAGAAUACAUAAAAUUACAUAUCAACUUUGUUAUAGCUUUGUACUGUUCAGUUAAUUAAUAAUAACUGUUUUUGAAUUUUUUUCCUCAUUAGCAUAAUAAUUU